UCCACGCUCUUUCUCUGCACCCAAGGACACUUUUAGCCUCAUUUCCUGAUCUUACAGACUCACCUCUGCUGCCUUUGCACUCUGGGGCAGAUGGGAAUGCAGCAGACAGGACUCGCCCUCCUGGCUUUGGCUGCCUGUGUGGCUUUUCGCCCCUCAGAAGCCAUACUUCCCAUUGCCUCCAGCUGCUGCACCGAGGUUUCACAUCAUAUUUCCAGAAGGCUUCUGGAAAGAGUGACGACAUGUCGCAUCCAGAGAGCUGACGGGGAUUGUGACUUGGCUGCUGUCAUCCUCCAUGUCAAGCGCAGAAGAGUCUGUGUCAGCCCGCACAAUCACGUUAUUAAGCAGUGGAUGAACGAACAAGCAGCCAAGAAAGAGGCUAAAGGCAACAUUUGCCAUAAGAAGAGACACCACGGGAGGAGGAACAGUAAAGGGGCACAUCGGGAAGGGCAGGAAACACAUGGCCACAAAACGCCUUAUUAGAGAAGGUACAGAUGAAGCUGCACAGAGGAGUCCUGAGUGAACUUGGCCGUGGCUGGUUAUAAAAAUAUCAUGUGAAUCUUCCCUAUUGGGAGCCAACAGGGCAAAACAAAAUAUAUUUUUCAAGGGGAUAACUAUACAGAUGCAAACGUAGCCAGUAAUAUACUCAACUGAAAAAAUGAAGUGAAAAGAGAAUACUUAUCUUCACAUAAUAUUUGAGGAGCAGCAUACAGAUCUAAUUUCUCCAACUUUUUUACUAUGACGUUUUCCAAAUCUGCAAAGAAGUUGAAAGAGUGGUACUGCGAACAUCUGCAUGCCUUUACCUAGAUUAAUCCUUGUUAAUAUUCUGCCAUAUUUGUUUUUUCUCUCUCUUCUCUCCUUGUACAUGUAUAUAUAAAACAUUAUAUAUACAAAGUUAUAAAUUUUUUCCUGAACCAUUUUGAAAACAAGUUACAAACAUCAUGACACUUCACUCCUAAAUUUUUUUUAGUGUUUCAACUUGACAUCUGUCAAGAAUAAAGACAUUUUCUAUAAAAUA